AUGGAGCCUAUCUCAUCAACCCAGUCGCAAUGGCUGUCCCAACUGGCCGCCAUGCGCCAAGCUAUCGCCGAUCUCAAGCUCCCCAAAGAGCUGCCCCACGAUACGACCGGUUAUGGGAGCGAUAUGGAUUUGGAUAUCGAUGGAGACUACUCGUCACCCGGUACAAUUGAUGAUGUCUGGGAUAUCAUCAGCUCUGACGAUGAGACGACGGACGAUCUGGAUGAUGUCAACGAAAUUCCCUUCUCGCAAACCUUACCCUAUGAUCGACUUUGGCUGGAAACAAAAUGUCAAGAGCUGUCAGCUCGUUCGAGCAUGGACGCGGCAGAGCUCAGUCAACAAAUUAUCGCCACCCUUGCGGCCGCCAGCGACGAUUCCGAGUUACAGAUGUCCCUCGCUGAAAUAGUGGGAUUUGAGGAUUUGGAUCUGGUCAUCGAACUUAUUGCGCAUCGCGGGGAGAUCUUGUCGGACGAACCGCAUAGCGUGGAAGCACAAACAGAUGGAUUGGCGUCUGGUAGACUUCUGACCCGAGCGGAGAGGGAAGAAGCUCUGUGGCAACGAAAUUUCGAGCAUAAGAAUGCUGCUCUCAUGCCGGCACAGAGUCGAUCGGAACCUGUCUACCCACACGUUUUCAAGCAACACACCGCUGGGAACCUUCUCGCGGCUGGUGGCAGAAAGUAUGGCUUACCAGUUGGCAGCAAGCAUACCGAUGAACCCAAAUAUGAGGAAUAUGAAAUUCCCGCCUCCAAGGUUGGGUCCUUGGCAAGACACCAGAAGUUGGUGGAGAUCGCCGACUUGGACGGUCUUUGUCGCGGCACCUUCAAGGGCUACAAAACCCUUAAUCGAAUGCAGAGCCUGCUUUAUGAAGUUGCAUAUAAAACAAGCGAGAACAUGCUCAUUUGUGCCCCUACCGGUGCCGGUAAAACGGAUGCCGCCAUGCUAACUGUUCUCAACGCGGUCGGCAAAAACACAACUCCUAAUCCAUUGGAGGAACCCGAUGCAACUGAGUUCACGGUUCAAGUUGAUGACUUCAAGAUUGUUUACGUCGCUCCAAUGAAGGCUCUGGCAGCUGAAGUAACAGAAAAGUUGGGUAAACGACUGGCCUGGUUGGGAAUUAAAGUCCGCGAACUGACUGGAGAUAUGCAAUUGACCAAGCGAGAAAUCGUGGAGACCCAGAUCAUUGUUACGACACCCGAGAAAUGGGAUGUCGUGACGCGGAAGAGCACAGGAGACACCGAGCUUGUUCAAAAAGUGCGAUUGCUUAUCAUUGAUGAGGUCCACAUGCUUCAUGAUGAGCGAGGUGCCGUUAUUGAAUCUCUAGUAGCUCGUACGCAACGGCAAGUUGAGAGUACGCAGUCCUUGAUUCGAAUCGUUGGUCUGUCUGCGACCCUCCCCAAUUACGUCGAUGUUGCCGAUUUCUUGAAAGUCAACAAAAUGGCCGGUUUGUUCUUCUUCGAUGCAUCUUUCCGACCGGUACCUCUUGAGCAGCAUUUUAUCGGUGUCAAAGGCAAGCCUGGCUCCAAGCAAUCUCGAGAAAACAUCGAUGUGGUCGCAUAUGAAAAGGUGCGCGAGAUGCUGGAAAGAGGUCACCAGAUAAUGGUUUUCGUGCAUUCUCGAAAAGAUACUGUCAUGACAGCACGCAUGUUGAAGCAAUUGGCCGCCGAAGAUGGAUGUGAGGAUCUCUUCAGUUGCCACGAUCAUGAGAACUAUUCCUCGGCCUUGAGAGAUAUGAAGCAUGCCCGAGCGCGGGAAUUGCGAGAUCUAUUCACCAGUGGCUUCGGAGCUCAUCAUGCUGGUAUGAGUCGUAGCGACCGUAACCUUAUGGAGCGUAUGUUCGGGGAGGGUCUAAUUAAGGUCCUUUGCUGUACUGCUACUCUAGCAUGGGGUGUCAAUCUUCCCGCUGCGGCCGUUGUCAUUAAGGGAACCCAGCUAUACAAUCCCCAAGAGGGUAAAUUUGUUGACCUCGGUAUUCUCGAUGUCCUACAGAUUUUCGGUCGUGCUGGUCGUCCCCAAUUCCAGGAUACGGGUAUUGGAUUCAUCUGUACCACCCAAGACAAGUUACAGCAUUAUCUGUCUGCUGUGACUGCCCAACAACCGAUUGAAUCUCGUUUCUCAAGUCGAUUGGUUGAUAACCUCAAUGCCGAGAUUUCCCUAGGUACCGUCACCUCCGUAGCUGAAGGUGUACAGUGGCUUGGCUACUCAUAUCUGUUCGUGCGAAUGAUAAAAGAACCCCGCCACUAUGGUAUCGAGUUUGCUGAGCUUCGCGAUGACCCGAUGCUCGUUCAACGGCGCCGACAACUCAUCAUUCAAGCUGCUCAGACCCUCCAGAAGAGCCAGAUGAUUAUCUUUAAUGAGAAAACAGAAGAUCUCAAAGCAAAAGAUGUCGGACGUAUUGCCAGUCAAUAUUAUGUUCUCCAGAGUAGUGUCGAGAUAUUCAACACGAUGAUGCGUCCGCGUGCAGGCGAAGCAGAUGUCCUGAAGAUGAUCAGUAUGAGCGGUGAAUUCGACAAUAUCCAAGCCCGAGAGUCAGAAUCUAAGGAGCUACAACGACUUCGAGACGAAGUUGCCCAGACCGAAGUUGAAGGCGGGAAUGAUUCACCACAUGCUAAGACUAACAUUUUGCUCCAAUCCUAUAUCUCACGUGCCAAGAUUGAGGAUUUCGCCUUGGUCUCUGACACUGGAUAUGUGGCCCAGAAUGCUGCUCGUAUCUGUCGAGCGCUCUUCAUGAUCGCGUUGAACCGCCGAUGGGGUUACCAGUGCCAGGUUCUCUUGUCGCUAUGCAAAUCCAUUGAAAAGCAGAUUUGGCCAUUCGACCAUCCAUUCCGUCAAUUCGACCUCCCACAGCCAAUCUUGAAGAACCUGGAUGAGAAGCUGCCAUCUUCUUCUAUCGAAUCCAUGAAGGAGAUGGAGCCUGCUGAGAUCGGUCAGCUUGUUCACAACCAUAAGAUGGGAGGGGUAUUGUCCAGACUACUAGACAACUUCCCUACUCUGAGCGUAGAGACCGAAAUUGCACCACUCAACAGGGAUGUCCUUCGCAUUCGUCUCUCAAUUUAUCCGGAGUUCACUUGGAAUGAUCGUCAUCACGGGGCUUCUGAAUCAUUUUGGGUCUGGGUUGAGAAUUCUGAAACCUCCGAGAUUUAUCAUCAUGAGUAUUUCAUUUUGAGCCGUAGGAAGCUUUAUGAUGAACAUGAGCUCAAUUUUACCAUUCCGCUGUCCGACCCGCUACCGAGCCAGAUUUAUAUCCGAAUCAUCUCUGAUCGAUGGCUUGGCGCAGAGACCGUCAGCCCAGUUUCCUUCAAACAUCUGAUCCGCCCCGACACGGAGAGCGUUUACACGGACCUGCAGAAUCUUCAGCCAUUGCCUAUUUCGGCUCUUAAGAAUCCCCUGUUGGAGGAGCUGUAUGGUCAACGUUUCCAAUUCUUCAACCCGAUGCAAACACAAAUCUUCCAUUUACUUUACCACACACCGGCUAACGUCCUUUUGGGAUCUCCCACCGGUAGUGGAAAGACCGUUGCCGCUGAGUUGGCUAUGUGGUGGGCUUUCCGUGAAAAGCCUGGCUCGAAGGUGGUUUACAUUGCUCCAAUGAAGGCACUCGUUCGUGAGCGUGUCCAAGAUUGGCGCAAGCGCCUUACAGGCCCCAUGGGGAUGAAACUCGUUGAGCUUACUGGUGAUAAUACCCCUGACACAAGGACAAUUCGCGAUGCCGAUAUCAUCAUUACCACUCCUGAAAAAUGGGACGGUAUUUCGCGUAGCUGGCAAACUAGAGACUACGUCCGCAAGGUGAGUCUUGUCAUCAUCGAUGAGAUUCAUCUACUGGGUGGUGAUCGUGGUCCAAUUUUGGAGAUCAUUGUGUCUCGAAUGAACUACAUUGCUUCUCAGUCGAAGGGAUCUGUACGGCUUAUGGGUAUGUCUACUGCCUGUGCCAAUGCUAGCGACCUCGGAAACUGGCUUGGCGUGAAGGAGGGCUUGUUCAACUUCCGCCAUUCAGUUCGGCCAGUUCCUCUUGAGAUCUUCAUUGAUGGCUUCCCUGAGCAACGUGGCUUCUGCCCCUUGAUGCAGUCAAUGAACCGACCGACUUUCCUCGCGAUCAAAAAUCACUCACCGGAGAAGCCGGUUAUUGUCUUCGUUGCAUCUCGCCGACAGACUCGCUUGACUGCCAAAGACUUGAUCAACUACUGCGGUAUGGAAGACAACCCUCGUCGGUUUGUCCGCAUGUCCGAGGAUGAUCUCGACUUGAACCUUACUCGAGUCAAGGAUGAUGCUUUACGGGAGGCUCUGAGCUUCGGCAUUGGCUUGCAUCAUGCUGGUCUUGUCGAGUCUGAUCGACAACUGGCUGAAGAACUAUUCGCCAACAACAAGAUCCAGAUUCUGGUCGCCACGAGUACUUUGGCUUGGGGUGUCAACCUUCCCGCUCAUCUUGUCGUCGUGAAGGGUACUCAGUUCUUCGAUGCUAAGAUCGAAGGUUAUCGGGAUAUGGACUUGACUGAUGUCCUGCAGAUGCUUGGUCGUGCUGGUCGCCCUCAAUUUGAUACUUCAGGCAUCGCUCGCAUCUUCACUCAGGAUUCCAAGAAGGCAUUCUACAAACACUUUCUCCACACUGGCUUCCCCGUCGAGUCAACAUUGCACAAGGUUCUUGACAACCAUUUGGGCGCCGAAGUCUCUUCUGGAACAAUCACCACUAAGCAGGACGCCCUUGACUACUUGACAUGGACAUUUUUCUUCCGCCGUCUUCACAAAAAUCCAUCCUACUACGGCCUCGAGAUUUCUGCGGAAGAGCAAAGCACAAUGGCUGCCCAGACAAUUGCUCAAGAUUUCAUGGUUGAUCUAGUGGACAAGUCUCUGGAUGACCUGGCAGAGUCGUCUUGUGUUCUUGUGGACUCUGCCACUGGUGAAGUGGACUCAACACCUUUCGGCAAGAUCAUGAGUUACUACUACUUGUCGCACAAGACCAUCCGUUACUUGAUGUCUCACGCCAAGCGGGAGCCCACUUUCCAAGAUGUGCUCAGCUGGAUGUGUUCUGCCACUGAAUUUGACGAACUGCCUGUUCGUCAUAAUGAAGAUCUCAUCAACGCUGAGCUUGCUCAGAAUUUGCCUUUGUCUAUUGAGUCUAUGGGCGAUCUUCCGAUGUGGGAUCCCCACGUGAAGGCCUUUUUGUUGCUCCAGGCAUACAUGUCGCGGAUCGACCUACCCAUUUCGGAUUACGUGGGUGACCAGACUUCGGUCUUGGACCAGGGUAUCCGUGUCAUUCAAGCAUCCAUUGACGUGAUGGCUGAGCUGGGAUUUAUUCCUGCAUGCCAAAUGCUGAUGACUUUACUACAAUGCAUCAAAUCAGCCCGCUGGCCAGAGGAUCAUCCGCUCUCUAUUCUACCAGGAGUUCCUGUUGAGAAGCCACCUCAUGGUCUUCCGUCCACCCUGGUUGCUCUGUCAUCGCAGCCUGUGUCUGCGGUGGGAAGUCUGGUGAAGAAAUUGUCUCUUUCUCCCCAGUUCACUCGUGUGGCCUCACAGCUACCCAACAUUUCAAUUUCGGUCGCUGGAAUGUCAGCGAAGGGAUUGGCCGUGUCUGUCACUCGUCACAACCCACACACGCACUCUGAGUAUAGAAUCCAUGCUCCUCGGUUCCCCAAGCCGCAGACCGAGGGCUACUUCUUGAUCGUUUCUAGUGCCCAACCUGAUGGUACUGACGGCGAGCUUCUCGGCUUGAAACGAGUAUCUUGGCCCCCUGCAUCCAGACUCCACCAUGGUAAAGGUCGCGCCGGUGCUGGUUCCAGUCGUGGUGGUGGUGCAAACAACAAUAGAGACAGGACCGGCGGUGCCUCACUGUCUGUCCGCUCCUUGGUCAAAUUUCCUCCUGUCGCUCUCGCCGAGUCAUCUUCCGCUACAGCAGCUGGGACUGCGCGCGUCAAUAUCAAGCUCAUCAGCGAUUCAUACAUCGGCAUGCAGUGGACUUUGUCAAACGUAGAACUCAUGGUGGGGUCUACUAGCACUCAGACGAUCGAACCAUCCAGUGUGCCCGCCAAAGAAUGA